GCGCGAACUGACCAUGCUCGAGCAGAAAAUUCGCGGCUAAAGUCUGGCUGUUGAGGAGAGUUUGUCUCACUGUUUGUAAAGAUACAUUGACUCUGUCCACUGGUGAAAUGGCAUCUUCCUGCGGAGAUAUUCAGGUUAAGGAGAUUGAUAAACGUGCGUCUGGCCAGGCGUUCGAGGUGAUCCUGGGAGCACCAGGUCCAGACGCCAAGGGAGAGUUCCCCCUUUCUCCCCCCAAGAAGAAGGACCUGUCCCUGGAGGAGAUCCAGAGGAAACUAGAGGCUGCAGAGGAGAGAAGGAAGUCCCAUGAAGCGGAGGUUCUGAAGCACCUCGCUGAGAAGAGGGAGCACGAGAAGGAGGUGCAAAGGAAAGCCAUGGAGGAGAACAACAACUUCAGCAAGAUAGCCGAGGAGAAGCUUAACCAGAAGAUGGAGGCCAACAAAGAGAACAAGGAGGCCCUUCAGGCAGCCAUGAGUGAGAAGUUCAAGGAGAAGGACAAGAAACUGGAAGAGGUGCGGGCCAAGAAGGAAACCAAAGAGGGCGGUGCCGAGACAGAAAACUGAACAGUUCAGUCUAUGGGGGGAUUGUAUACAAGAGGGUUUUUUACGUAUCCAAAGAUUGAUUUAUAUUUAGUUGAUGGCCAGUAUUUUUGUUGUUCACUGCCACCCAUCUUAUGAAGAAAAUAAGUUCUCCCCGUUUGUGAAUUUAACUUCUCUCCUGCUAUAAGUGUACUUGCGAUAGUUGUAUGUGUGGAUAUUUGUCUCCUUGUUGCUUCUACGGCUGUCUAAACGUUACUAGCCUUCAAAUCCUCUCAAAUGGUAUUGGAGGAGAGGAUCCAAGGUAAUUUCCUCAGACCACCAAUGAAGCUGUGAAAGAAAUUAACAAAAAGAGGACUGAGAAAGCAAGGAUUGGACCUCUAGUAACCAUUUCAUACACAGCCCAUUUCUUUGGAUAUAUAGCUUUUUUCAUUACAGCUUCUGACCUAAUGAAAAAUAGCAGUGUAUGGACUUGUCCUUUUUAAGGAAGCAUGUGCUGUGCAUAGGUCCUCGACAUGAUCUCUCUAUUCCAUAGUGCAGCUUUGGAAUGGUGUCCCUGUGUAUCUCACACCUGACUGUUCAUAGCGCUUAUUGAUCACUGGUCGUUAACAUAUUGAUUGGUUUCACCUCUUUCACAGCAGUAGGUGUAUCGCAGCUUUUGCUGUUUAGAGAUCUGCUAGUCUUGUUCUUUAAAGAACUAAGGCUUUGUCUGAUAUGUCAUCCUUAUCCUAAUGCACUACCCAAAAGUAGUGCACUAUAUAGGGAAUAGGGUGCCAUUUCAGAUGCAACCUAAACCUAAUCUUUGUGCCGCUGCUGAUUUUUUAUUUUUUUUUGUUUAGUUUGUAAAGUGGAGGUUUGUCUCAAAGCACAUGACUUAGUGCUGUUGUAGGGCCAUGAAGUAACUUUGCCAGACUUUUGAAUCAUCUAGGAUGUUACUAGAGGAGUGGGUCUAUACAUGGAAUGCAGAAGAGCAAUACGCUUUGGCUUCUUAAUAGAUGUUACUAGUUGACUUAACUGUAAUAAAUAAUAAAAUGGUCAAACGGCA